UGAUCAUAGUAUCCACGAUUUGUGAACGAACGUGUCCACUCAACUAGCCUCCCAUCAUUGAUCAGUGAUGCUCGUUGCUACGAUAAACAAUGAGUUGGAAAGAUCAGCCGAUUGAAUCCAAGUGAGCUUGCCCAUAACGGCAAAUCAAAUAAAAGUGAUUGGUGCGUAGUUUUCAAAAUGUCACGAAAAUCGGUUUGCCGCCGAGAAGCGGUUCUAAGAACAACAACAGUUGAAAUCCCAAAUCAAGGCACAAAAUGUGGAGUUAAUAAUUGUUCGUAUGUACAAUGUACUUUCAAUACCUCAAACUUUGUUCGCCAUUUCAAAGCCCUACACCCUCGAGAAUACAAUUUAAUGAAGCUCGGAGAUCCAGUUCCUGAAGACCACCCACCGGAGAAGAAAAAAUGAAGUGAUCCAAUAGUAUCGGUAGCAAUUAGCAAAGCUACGUUUAUUGGAGCGUUGGUCAAACUGGUGACGAUUCACUGUCUCCCUUUCGCCUCGAUGAUGUGGAGUGGGUUUCGGGAUAUCAUAAAUCCGAUAUCCAAUGCUCUGGGUGUUGUAGUGAACAGCCACAACAUGAGAGAUUUUGUGAAUAAUACAGCUCAAAACAUCAAGAAAAUUAUUCGCUCCGAAGUUUCUGAAAAAAUCAUUUGCCUGAAGGUUGAUGCAGCUUCAAAACUGUACCGGAGCGUUCUCGGUGUGAACUGCCAGUAUAUGUUGGAUGGCGUUAUUGAGCUUUUUGAGCGGCAUACUGGCGAAAAUCUUUGCAAAGAAGUGUUCAAGCUCACUACGGAAUACGGUAUCCAAAAGUCGCAAAUCUUUUCCGUAACAGUGGAUAAUGGAGCGAACAUGAUCAAGAUGAUCAAAUCGAUGAACGAAUGUGUAUCCAAGGAAUUUUUUCAAGAAGAUGGUGAACUACCUGACGAUGAAAUUAUAAAUGAAAUGGCAGUUGAUCCAGACGAACUGGAAGCUAUUGAUUAUGCUACGAACAAUCUUAUGGAAAACUUAGAGAAAGUUGUUAUAGAAAACGGCGCGUUAUGUGUGCGAUGCGGGGCACAUACUUUACAACUUGUAGUUAACGAAGUAUGUAAAGCUUUCGAUGAACCUCUAAAAGGAAUCGCUAAAAUCGCCAAAAAACUAAGAUGUGGCGAAUUUAAACGUAUUUUUGAAAUAACGAAGGGUGUAAAGCUUCCUCAUAUACCAGUGAAAACUAGGUGGAAUACUAAUUAUGUAAUGCUGCGGGAUUUUCUGGAGCAAAAAGAAUUUUUCAUCAACCUUGGUUCCCAGUACAAAGAAUCUGAUCUCACUCAAUACUGGCAUUUCAUUGAAAAUUAUGUAGAAGCGUUCGAACCAAUUUACGAAGCGACAAUUAUCAUCCAGAAAAAAGAUUGUUCCCUCAGCGAAUUAUAUUAUCAUUGGCAGAAGGCGUUAGCCUUGUUAGCAUGUUAG